AUGCGAGACCAGGCCCUCCACGUUACCUGCCACAAACAUGCUGCGCUGGGUCUAUUUCUGCCUCGGUCACCUGUGGCUGUGACAGAGUGGGUGGAGAGUCGAGGGGACAUGGGGGGCAGCCUUGUCAUGUGCAGCUGCUGCUCUCCCGGCGCUCAGCAGACCUCAGCCUGCGACGGACCCCACUGGACCUCACAUCCACGGAGCGCAGAUGUGGUGGUGUUUGAGGAGCUGGCUUGA